UUGUCAUGUGGCGUUUACAGGCAGAGCAGCAACAACAACCCAGGUCCCUUUCAACGAAACAACAGCCCGGUGGUCGACUGUGCCUGCUUUGUUUGCCCCACUCACUCGUCCAGCAUGGCUUGGACUAAAUACCAGCUGUUCCUCGCGGGACUGAUGCUCACAACUGGCUCCCUCAACACAUUAUCGGCAAAAUGGGCUGACUUGUUCUCAGCGAAGGGCUGCCGCGAUGACCCUGAUCAUGCGUUCUCUCACCCAUUUGUACAGGCGGUCGGUAUGUUCCUGGGCGAGUUGAGCUGUCUCGCAGUCUUCUACAUCUUACUUUGUCAUGACAGACGUAGCCCGGAGCCCAAGAUGAACCCGGGCCAGAGCUUCAACCCUCUCCUCUUCUUCCCACCCGCCAUGUGUGACAUGACAGCCACCUCCAUCAUGUAUGUUGCUCUCAACAUGACCAGCGCUUCCAGCUUCCAGAUGCUGCGUGGAGCGGUCAUCAUCUUCACCGGUCUGCUUUCUGUGGCAUUCCUGGGGCGACGCCUGGCCCCAAGUCAGUGGAUCGGCAUCCUCAUCACCAUUCUGGGCCUGCUGAUAGUGGGCCUCGCCGACUUCUUCAGCGGACACAAAGACGACAAGCACAAACUCAGUGACAUCCUCACAGGAGACCUUCUGAUCAUCAUGGCCCAGAUCAUUGUGUCAGUGCAGAUGGUCCUGGAGGAAAAGUUUGUCUACAAACAUGAUGUCCAUCCUCUUCGGGCUGUUGGUACUGAAGGUUUCUUUGGGUUCUUCGUCCUGUCGCUGCUUCUCAUCCCGAUGUAUUUCAUCCACGUUGGCGACUUCGCCGACAACCCCCGCCACGUCCUGGAGGAUGCCCUGGACGCCUUCUGUCAGAUCGGCCACCAGCCUCUCAUCCUGUUGGCUCUGCUGGGAAACACCGUCAGCAUCGCCUUCUUCAACUUCGCCGGCAUCAGUGUCACUAAAGAGAUCAGCGCCACCACCCGCAUGGUGCUGGACAGCCUGCGUACGCUGGUCAUCUGGGUGGUGAGCUUGGCGCUGGGCUGGGAGCAGUUUCACGGCCUGCAGGUGCUGGGCUUCCUGGUCCUGCUGGUGGGUACGGCGCUCUAUAAUGGACUGCACCGCCCCCUGCUGGCCAGGAUACCGUGCUGCGCCGCGAUGGUGAGCACAGAGGAGGAGGAGGAGAACAGCCCGGGGGAAAGGGAGAGACUGCUGGGUGACGGCAGGGUGCAGAACGGCGACGAGAGCUGAAACUCAUUGACACACUGAGCGCAGGCGACGUCCCAGUGUACUGGACUGUCGGUCAGAGACACUGCACCUUUCAUGUAUGCUGUCAGUGAAAGUCUUCAAAAAUAUUGUUUUGUUCACGCCUCAGAUUUUAACUGACCUCACACAAUGCUGUUAUAUUUGAGAGUGUACAAAGUCUUUUAAAGGAAUUUCAGAGAGGAAAGUCUGAAUCUCAACAUAUGCUCCUGACCCUCUUACAUUACAUAUUGUAUGUAAUGGAUUUAAAAAAAAAAGAACUUAAACUGACUUAGAAUUAAACCACUCAAGCAAAUGGUUAUGAACGUGACUGUCACACUAGAUAAAAAAAAAAAAAAACAUCUUUUUGAAGUUUUAUGCAUAUUUUCUGAAAAAAUAUGUAUUAUUGUCACAUUGUUUCUAAUCAUGAUUUUAAUAUCUUCUGAAAAUGGUGCAAUUUUUAUGUCUCGUGGACUGUAAGAAUGAGGUUUUAUUCUAAAAAUGUUUCUGACUGUGCAGUAUGAUUGUGCCAAAGUGUUUUUAAUGUUAGCCGGUUCACUACCUUGGACACUAGUUCAACAUCUCCUUUGUAAUCAAUCAGAGUCUUUCUCUCAAUCUGAGUUUAGUUAAAUACAGGAUGUAACAUAUGCAGAAAAGCCGUUAUCAAAGGAUACGUCUGUGUAUUUCCUCUCUGAUUUGUGCUGAUGUAUGUGUACAGAUGGAUGUGUAUCAAAAAGUCUGAGCUCCUACAAGUGAUUUGCACUUGUUAUUGUAAAUCCUGCUUCUCCUUCUCUAUUAGGGUGUUGGCUGUAACGUACAAUAAGAAAAAAAAAAGGGAACUGUAAUUAAAUCACACUUGUUGAAUGGUG